CAUCACUUGAAAUGCACAGAGUCAACGAUGAAUCAGGAAGAACCAGGGAAGAAGACGUCUCUUCAAGGCAGUCAGAUCGUCGAAUUGAGUAACAUGGAAGAAUUUCGAGCUCGGAGUUAUCAGCUUGAGAUGCUGGACCGAAGCCUCAAGGAGAAUGUGAUUGUUGCAAUGGAUACAGGGAGUGGCAAGACUGAAGUAGCCGUGCUGAGAAUUCGAGCGGAACUUGACCGCUGUGCUAGCGAUAAGCAGCGCGUGUGGUUUCUGGCUCCUACGGUUGCUUUAUGCGAGCAACAACACAGAUACAUCAAAUCUCGUCUACCUGAUACAUCCCCUCUACUAUUGGUUGGCUCUAGCAAUCUCGACUACUGGAGCGAACAGAGCAUAUGGGACGCUGCGUUGCAUAACCACCGAAUCGUUAUCUCAACAAAUGCCGUCCUGCUAGAUGCCAUGCAGCAUGGGUUUGUGCGACUAUCGAGUCUAGCUCUUCUGGUUUUUGACGAAGCUCAUCAUUGCAAUGGGAAACACGCGGCCAACUCGAUCAUGCAACAAUUUUAUCACAAUCAAAAGAAGGAGACAGGGCUGAAAGAUGUGCCUCACAUCUUAGGUCUCUCUGCGAGCCCAGUGCGGAGAUCAAAUAUACAAGAGAUUCACCAAAUCGAGAAAAACCUCGACUCCAUUUGUGUAACACCGCGGGUGUAUCGCCAGGAGCUGCGAACUCAUGUCAAUCAGCCCGAGUUUGUUAGACUCGAGUUUUCGGAAGAUCUGCAACCUGUACGACCGGAAUCUGCGCUAUGCACUUUACAAAGGUUGCAAGUAGCGAUCGCAAAUGAUACAGAAAACCUCCUACGUGAGGUAAUAUCUAAGCACGGUCCUGUAGUAAGCCCAAAGUCCCUCGCUCGCUCUGAAAAGGAACGAUGGGCUCGUACAGUGAUGCAAUAUGGAAGAAAAUCAGAACAUAUCCAUAACGAGCUUGGACCAUGGGCAACCGAUUACUUCAUCCGGAAAACAAACGAACUAUAUAUUGGCAACACUGACAUCUUCAUAAAGACUGCUUCCCACCGCGACGAAGUCUUGAGCAGGCUUCUAGCGAGAUACUUUGAUCAAUCAGGUUCUAAGCAUACAGUAACUUCGACCUUGGUUGGCCACCCUGACGCGCUAUCCGACAAAGCUGUCAAGUUGAUCAAUCUCAUCGGCAAGCAGGGGCUCGAUACAACAGGGGUCAUAUUUGUGAAAGAACGCGUCGUCGUCAGUGUGCUAUUCCAGAUCUUGUCAACGCAUCCGCAUACAGCAGAACGGUUCAAAUUCGCGACUUUUGUUGGUCUUUCGAACAGCAUGAAGAGAAAAGCCGGUAUCCACGAGCUACUCGACCUAGAAUCGCAAAACAAAUCCCUGGAAGCUUUCCGUGUCAGGAAGAAGCAUAUCAUAAUCGCUACAGACGUACUGGAAGAAGGUAUCGAUGUUGCCGCGUGCAAUCUCGUCAUAUGCUUCGAUCCACCCCAGAAUUUGAAAUCUUUCAUACAGCGGCGUGGCCGUGCACGUAAGAAACAGUCUCAAUUUGUUAUCAUGCAACUUUGUACAUCCACGAAAACUAAAACUGAUCGCUGGAUCCAACUUGAAGAAGAAGUUACCCGGUUGUGUCAAGAUGAAAAAAGAGAAAGAGAGAUAGUUCUUUCGAUUGAGGAUCAGGACGAAAGUUUGGAUCUCAUUCUUCAUGAUGGGCUGACAGGAGCUAUUCUGACUGCAGAAGCGAUCAAGGUUCACCUACACCAUUUCUGCAAUACUUUGCCCAAGCAGCCGUUUGUCGAUACGAAACCAAACUUCUGGAUUCAUGAGAAUAGCUCAAGCAAAAGCCUCGGGCUUUUGACCGCAAGAGUAACGCUUCCAAAUUGUGUAGGAUCCUUCCCUAGAUCUUAUCUGGCCCAAGGAGAAUAUCGUACAGAACGGACAGCAGCCAAGGCAGCGGCGUACGAAUGCUACAAAGCUCUUCACGAAGCUGAACUUGUCAACAACAAUUUUUUGCCCAGCAUCCUCAAUAUACAACAGCGCUGCCGAGAUCUUCCCUCAAUGAUAGAGGUUGAUGAGCAGAUGCAGCCGUGGAGACUGAUGGUAAAUGCAUGGUCUUCACCCGAAAUUUGCAAAACCACGAUUCAAGUAGACGGCAGUCGAUCGGAUGGUCUUUCGUCAUUUCAUAUCUCAUUCAUUACACCAAUGUCUAUUCCGGCAAUGUUUUUGCCUACCUCGAAGCAGCACAAAAACAUCGCUGUAAACCAGACGUUCGCAUCUGACACCAAGAAAUUAUCAAUCACCUUUGAAGAGCUAAAAAGGCUAAGACAAAGAAUGGCAGCAUUAUACUUGCCAAGCGAAAGCGCAAAGGACGACCUGGCAAAAAUUGACUUCGUGUAUAUCUUCGACUUCGACGAUGGACAAGAAUUCUUUUCACAGUCUCCGUUAAUCGACGUAGGCGAAGUGAUGACUCGCGUCGUUGGGCAGAUUGAGAAGUUCAUGGUUGCAGGUCUAUUGCAGAUGUCAAUUCUUCCGACAUGCAAAUUUCGCAACACCGCACGCAUCGUCACGGCACUCACUGCACCUUCUGCGGAUGCACAUUCAAACUUCGAGCGGUACGAAUUUUUCGGGGACGCGGUUUUGAAGAUUGUGGUGUCGACACAAGUUUUCACUGACCAUGUCAGCUGGCCGGCUGGAUGGCUUAGCCAAUAUAGGGAUAACCUUAUAUCUAACACAAGCCUUGCUAAUGCAGCUUUGAGCCUCCAUCUUGAUCAGUACAUCCUGACCAAGGCACCAAGGACAAGUAAUUGGGCAUUACCGCGUAUCUCGGAUGCAAACUGUCCACCCGGAAAACGUCAAAUGAGCAGUAAAACUUUGGCAGAUGUUUCCCAGGCUCUCUUUGCAGCUGCAUACCUUGACGCUGGGCACGGUCUUGCCAGGUCAUGCAUAAAAGUCUUCAUACCAGAAAUCCGAUGUGAGCGACCAACUUUUGAAAUGCCUCAUGGUGUUGGUUUUCUAGGGUGUGAAGUAGAAGAACUUCAGCAGCUGACUGGACACCGGUUUGGAAACAUUACAGUGUUGCUGCAAGCUUUAACGCAUCCAUCCUGCGCAUCACAUGGGAGCGAGGAGUCUUAUCAAAGAUUGGCGUUUCUUGGAGAUGCUGUUCUCGGAUUUCUCGUCGCCAAAGCUCUCUUUGAACAUGUCGAAGAGCUGUCAGAAGGUCGAAUGACCGAGAUCAGAGCCGCAGUUGUCAACUCUAACAUGCUUGGGUAUAUCUGCAUGACGCACAGCAUCUCGCGCGAAGUUUUUGGCAUCGAAACAAUUACGCCCAAACAAUUUCGAAAAGUUCGGCGUGUUGAGGUUAUGCCACUCUGGAAGUAUAUGCGAUACGAAUCCAAAGAACUGGGCGAAGCGCUCGAAGCUUGCAACACGCGCUACCGUUGUCUCUGCAGACGCCUUGAGCAGCAAAUGCACGGUGCCCGUUCCUAUCCUUGGGUCACAUUGGCGGAACUACAACCCGAGGGCUUCUACUCUGACAUUGUACAGAGUGUCAUCGGCGCGAUAUAUGUGGAUUCUGGAGAAGACUGCAGCGCAUGCCAACAGUUCUUAGAGACAAUAGGGAUAUCCUCGUACAUACAGCGUAUGUUGAGAUUCGGCUAUGACGUUGCUCAUCCACGAAGCGCAUUACAACAGCUUGCUCCUCUGGCCGAAGUACGAAGCCGGCGUAGCAGCGAUGGUAGCUUUAGGUGUGAAGUCACUGUGGAUGAAACAGAGAUUGCGAGUGCCGAAAGCUGCAAGAACAGGAACGAGGCGUCAAUACUGGCUUCGCACAGAGCAGUCCAGACGCUAGCGAUAGGACGAGACGCUGAGUGA